AUGGAUUCCGCCGAUACUCAAUACUUAUACCGAGAGACUCGUCUCAACCUCGAACCGGCCUCCGCCUCGUCAAUCAUCAAUAUCCGCGUCCCCUCGCUGACGUCGAACGGGAGGGGCGCGGCCCGCAAGCUCACAUUCGGCGAUAAGAACAUCAGCGAAGACGAAGUCAACUUCCGGCUCAAGAACCUCGCUCCCGCUUCGUCCGUCUACCACCGCAAAUGGCACGAUGCACCGCGCAGCUUCCUCUGGAGGCUGCUGGAUGACGGCCUCGUCCUCAGCCUGCGGGUAGUCGACACCUGCCGACAGGAAAAGACGGUCGAUGCGCCGCUGAUUCUCAACUUCCGAUUCACGGUGCCGAUUCAGUCGUCCUGUGUUGCGUUCGCCGAUCCCCGGGAACAUGAUGCGCUCUCCAUGUUCGUGCUCGACGAGGCUAACUGCCUGUACUCCUUCACUCUCCGCCCCGACUUCUUCAGGAAGCGCUCCGCCAUUGAGGCCGGCCCGGGAGAUGCUUGCAAGGUGUACCAGCCAAAAGUCUUUGGGUUCAAGCACCCGCAUCGCAUGGUUGCCGCGAGCACCGAUCAAAUUGUUAUUUCUCUUCACGACGGUGGGCUGGUGAGGUUGGACCGGAAUAAGACACAGGAUUCAACGAGCAACCCAUGGAAGGAGACGAUCUACAAUUCACAAGGAUGGGCGCAGGGCAUUCGGAGCUACCUCCCGUUCCAACAGAACCAGUCUAUCCGAUACCGCAACAUCCACAUGGACGCGAGUGCAGCGACAUCGAUACAAGUCACGAACCUGGGCCUUGAUGAUGCGGCGUUUCUCUUCACAGUCUGUCUGGACCACCGAAUGCGCAUCUGGAACCUGCGGACAGGUCAAAUCUUGUUUACCGGCGACAUACUGAACUCUGACCGCAACCCGCAAGAAGUCGGCAAGUGGCAGAUUGAGCCUACACAGACAAACUUAUUGCAGCUGGUCGGCGAUGGAACAGGCAACAGGAUGUGCGCCACGUACUCGCCCAUUGGGGCUGGCGAGUUUAAGUUCUGGAACAUCAAAGCCCGCGACAGCGACACCGUCUACGUGGAAGAUGCGUUCCCUGAUACCCACCUUACCCCAUCCUCACCGUCACUUUCAGAUGUCUGGACUCUGGCGGACUUUGUUCUUUCGACCCUGGCGGAUGGCGGUAUUCAGUUGUGGACAUUGUGGAAGAACAAUAUGACCUACAGAGUCCAGGAGCUGGAUCUCAACAGAGACAACAUCGCCGAGUCAUGGGAAAGCGAAUGGGCCUCAGUCCACAUUGACACAAAUUAUCCUACCGCGCCGACGUCCGGAUCGUCUGAUCCUACAGACCCGACGGAAAAGUGGUUAGAUCUUAUCCUCGCCCCCGGCCGCUUCACCAAGGCAACCCUCGAAACAGCUCUGUCUAUAUACGAGAAAGGACUUUACUCUCAAAAAGAGGGCAGCUCGAAGAGCCAACAAAAGGGCCUGGCAGAGUCAAUCUGUUCUGUUCUUGCCUCAACAGCAUCCUUGGACCGGAACUCGGCUGGUGGUAUGGAUUACGAGCAAUUCCGUGCGAGCAGCGAGACCCAGUGGAGGAGAUUUUACCGUCUUCUGAUCGAGUUGGACAAGCAACGUGGCGAGGCAGUUGCAUUGGUCCUCGACGCAGAAUCCGACAUGACGUGGGUUGUGUGUGCUGAUGCAAUCUCUGCCAUUAGAGAAUGCAGCUCACUGGAGCGGCUGUACUAUAACCUCUCGCGACCAGAUGAGGCAUCGGAGAGAAUAGCAAACCUUGUGUCGACAGGAGUUGGCUUCCUCGAUGCUAUUUCAGACAGUAUUCAACAGGUCUGCACUGCCGCCCUGCGACCUGAGAUUUACGAGGAGACCCCUCGAACGGACUAUGAACGACUCCAAUACCUCUUUGACACCACUGCGCUGUGGCGCACCGUCAGUGACGAAGACUGCGCACAGGUCAUUGAGAGUCUAGGACAGUCUUAUACCGGUGUGACGAUGGAUCUGUACGAAAGCCUCUCGGGCUUGAUUGCGGCUACAGAGGAGUCUGGAAGCCGCAAGACCCGUCAACCGCUGACCGACUUUGGACGGAAGCUCAUCGUCAAGGCUGUUCAGGAGACGAUUGAUCUGCAGUGGAACAUCAUCUUCAGCCAGGUCCUGCUUCUGGUACACAUGGAGUUCGACUGGGAUCAAGAGGAAGACAUGCUCUCCAAACGAAUUGACGUUGGCGCUGUGUUCAGGCAGUUCCUCGAGUCACUUCGUCGGUUAGAACUGCUUCGAUGGCUCUCCAAGACUGAAAUCACCGUUCCUAUUGGUAACAAGAACGAGCGCAACGACUCCUUCUCCGGCUCGCCCAGCACCACAAAGAGGACCGCAGAGGAGACCCAGACGGUCACUGCGUUGGAGGGUAAUGUCGGUCAUCUUCUUGGCUUCGUCGACGGCCGGAACGAGCCUCUGGCUACGAGCAUCACAGACAUCGUCACGGAUCUCUGUGCUUCUAAUAGCGAUAUUGAGGUGUCGCCUACUCUGAUUCAGUGUUCCCUCAUCAGAAGGGAGCGGGCCGAUCUUGCUCUCGAACUUACCCCCUACUGCGCCCAGACGCCUUUCGCCAUCUACAUUCAGGGUCGUGUUUUCCUUGCCCUGAAAGACUUUGCUUCGGCCGCCUUCCACUUCCGUAAAGCGGCGAUAGGCAUGAGCGUCAAAGAUGUAGAUGUCGACCGGCACAGCAGCGGGCUGCUUGACGAUACCGAGUGGAACCUGCUCAACAAGGGGCCGGCCAGGUAUCACUGCCACGCAGUCGCUCUGUUCGAGAAGGCCAAGGCAUACUCCUAUGUGAUCGAGUUCGCCGGACUCGCAAUUCAAUACUCACACGCCAGUCCCGAAGCUGCCCUGGUCAGAAGCGAGAUGCUUAGCCGACAGUUCAACGCGGCGACAGUACUCUCUCGUUUCGACGUGGCCCAUGCUAGUCUACUGGCCAUGAAGGAUAAGGCGAUGCAGCUCUCAUCACUUCGCAAGCUCGUCGACAAGAUGUGCGAAUCUUACCACAAUGGCGAACUCAUGUCGCUGCCAUUCCCGGGUCUGCAAGACUCGAUCGACGACAUCCUGGCACAAAGGUGUAAGGCGACUAUGGAUGUCCUGAGCGGCAUCCCAUACCACCAGAUCCUCUACUCGUGGAGGAUCAAACACAACGACUACCGCGGCGCCGCUACGGUGCUGCUCGACCGCAUCCAGAAGCUGCGGCACGCUGGCGAGGGCGACAAGCUCAUUGGCGAGGACAUUCUCGAUACAGCGGUCACGAAGCAAUACCUGCUGCUCAUCAACGCCCUCAGCUGCGUCGAUCCGAAGCAAGCGUGGAUCUUUUCCGAGGAGCUGCCUCCUCCCAGCUCGAGGGAGUCGACGACCUUCCAGGGCAAGCGCAAGGUCGUUACGUUGCCGGACCUACGCAAGCAAUAUCAGGACGAACUCGACCGUAUCGCGGCCAUCCAGAACAACCAGUUUGGAUUCGAGGCUGACGAUGCAAUGGACAUUUUGUAA